ACUCUGGAAAGGGUGUAAAGAAAUCAAACAGUUACCUUAAGGAAUCACUGGAAUUUGUGUCUAAAAAGUUGCACUAAUGAGAAGACCCGAAGAUGUGUUUUUUUCUCUCGCUCCAUUGCAUUGCAAGGAUGUCUUGUUUUUCCCAAACUGAAAUACGAAUGCUUUAAUCUGCAACAGACUUCUCUUUCACUGUAAGUAAACAAAACAUGUGGGGUGACUAACUGUUGGAAUACACCUUCACGAGAGGAUAAAUUGGUUUAAAUGAAGCCGGGUGAUUAAAGGUGUUUAUCAGCUGGAGUGGACGGUUUGCCAGCCAGCCACAGCGCAUCGUAAGAUGCAUCAUUCAGAGCGGAGUUCAAGAGCACUGCUGAUCCACCCCGCAGGCAGCGGCGACGGCGAGUGAGGUUGACACAGCAUGGCACACCUGUUUCACUGAUCUGCUUCAAAAUCAACAAAUGACUGGCUGCCAAAGCCAGCGCGAUUCCCCGAUGAAGACUGAAGGCCAGCUCUACCGAGCUUUGUAUUUCCAGAGAGAGAGGGGGGAAAUGUAAUCAAACACUAAGAAAGAAGAGUCUGAGGGGCGCUUGGAAGGGUGCACAAAGUCUUCAGAGACAAACUGUCGCUGUGAAAGGAGAAAAAAGGACAAGCCUGACCUAUGCUAGCAUGGCUAAGCUUCACCUCAGAAGUUUGUGUGGGAGGCAGCCUGCCUUGUAUUUACCCAGUCAGGGAGCUCCAACCUACGCAGGGACCUUGGAGAGAAAAUGCCACACUUCGCUGAGGUUCCAUUUUCGGGGCUGAUCAUAAAGAGAGCGGGAGCGAGCCGCUUCACCUACUUUGACUUCCCUGAUUACAUGGAAUGCAUCAACAUUAUCUUUCCUAGUCUUGGAGGAGUGAGGCCUAAUCCUCUGUGAUCAUACUCAAAAAUGUCAGGCCAAGAGUCGUCGGACAAGGGUGUGGACAUGUGGUCCUCCCUCCGUUGUCUGGGGUAUCUCUCCAGCUUCAACUUGCUGGUAGCCGUGUGCUUGGGAAUGUACGUACGAUGGGAACAGACUGCAGAGUCCGUGAUUAUGGUCAUCUUCAUCUUGGGUUUGUUCGUUUCGGCCAUAGCCUGUAUCCUCUACUACUACUUUUCAAUGGAGUCAGCCAGUUUAAGUCUCUUCCACCUGUGGUUCGGCUUCCUGCAGGGACUCCUGUGCUUCCUCAACAGCCAGUCUCUGGAGAACGACAUAAAGGAGCAGGUCACAAACUACCUGUUGCUCGCUAGCGUGGCUGUUCGGAUGCUCUGGGCCCUAACAGAACGUCUGUGCAGUAGCGCUACGAAUAAACCAGUUGUUCUAACCUCAUCCGAGCUUUUAGAGCUCCUAGGAUUUGGUGUCGCAAGCAUCAGCUUGGUUUUCCACAAAUCACUGGCCAUGAUUGCUCUGACGUUCGCUUUAACGGCCCUCAUUGUGGACCUUCGCAUGAAGUCGCCCUUGGCUCUACCUAAUCUAGCCUGUUUUGCUGUGAUCACCGCUAUUACCUUCUUCAAGUCCUUGGAGAUCCAAGCAAACCCCUUCGCGCUCAGCUGCUACCUGGGCCGGCUUAUCUGCGAGCCCCUUCUGGACGUGUACUUCAGCAGCUUGUCGGCGACAGAACGCUGGAAGCAUUUUCUCUCAGCCGGCAGUCUGUGGAGGAGAUUUUCUCUGUUCCCGUUGGCAUUUGUUGAGCUGGCAUUCUUUGUGCUCUGUGCCUUUAAGCUAGGUAACCUGGAUGUUUGGUACCUGGUCAUCCCUGGCUUCUUCGUCUUUGGUCUCUUGUGGAUCCUGUGCCACAUGGUGUUCCUUAUCACGCUAUGGUGCUUCCACACCAAGCUAGGCGAGUGUCAGAAGACGUGGGCGGCCCAGCGCUCACAAACACUAAAUUUGGACAGGAUCAUGGCCUCCAGGGGCAUGCGUCAUUUCUGCCUCAUCUCCGAACGGCUGGUGCUCUUCUGCCUGAUGUCCACCAUCAUACUAGGGGCCGUCUCAUGGCAGGCCUCUAAUGGACUCUUCAUGAGUGUGUUGUUAGUGGUACUGCCACUGGAGUCUCUGGCUCAUGGACUCUUCCACGAACUGGGCAACUGCUUGGGAGGCACCUGCGUUGGGUAUGCAGUGGUAGUUCCCACUUGCUACAGCAGACAACCUUUCUUGUCCACAGGUGGCGACUGCUUGCGUCUGCAACAGAUCCUUGAUAUGUGGAAGGAACGGAACACCAGCUUCUCCUCCCGCCUCAUCCUGGUCCUGGACACUGAGAAUUCUGAGCCGUGGGUGAAGGCGGUACAAAAGGUGGAAAAGAUGUAUGUUGCAGUACAAGGAGCCAAGAUGAGCCCUGUCCAGGAUGCCGAAGCCCAGGAAGCCCCUCGUUUGGGAGACUUCACUGCUGAGUGGGUGAAAUACAACUGUGAUCCUGACAGUGGCAUGCAGUGGUCAGAGAGGGGUCGGGUCAUCUCCGCAAUAUACGGCGUGUCCAAACCCUGGAGUGACUACGCUCUCCACCUGCCCACUGGAAGCGAUGUGGCCAAGCACUGGAAAACGCACUUCCCCAAGGCCACUUACCCAUUGGUGGCUGUAGCGAACUGGUGCUGCGGACUCAACCUCCUGUGGCUGUGUAGUGCGUGUUUGCGCUGCGUCAGGAGACUGAAACUUUCUUGGUUCCCUCCCAGCAUACUAGACACGGGGCAGGGGAUUAAACUAGUCCGAUCAUAGGUGACCAAUUGGUUUGCUUCUACACAAUGUAUAUACUUCACCAUAUACCUUUUCUAUGCAAUUUUGGGAUAUCCUUUAUUGAGUUAACUGUUCAGUUGCCUUUUACAAAUUACUUCCAUCAGUUAUGGAUGGGGAACAUGGAUCGUUCAAUCCUGCUUCUAAAGAUAUACUUUCCUCUAGAGUUUAGAGUCGCACCUAAUUUUCAAAUCAAACCAAACGACCUUGAUUAGAAGAUUCAGGAAUAUUUUAUAUGAAUUAGGACUUAACCUUGCAGGUAGGUUGAUCUUUAGGAACAGGAUUGAGCCCCAUUGUCAUACGACAGUUUCUUCUGUUUAUCUAUGUGCCCUGUAUACACAAUAUAGCCACUGUCUUAUCUCUCAUACAGUAUUGAGACUGUCAGCGCCAAGUGCCUUGUGUUAAUUUAUUACGUUUUAAUUGGGUUUUCUAAGGAUUUGGGUGAAAUAUGAGUAUCGCAAUGUAUUCAGUCUCUGGCAAAGUCAAGCAAGAAAUCUAAUUGUACCUUGAAAAUGUUUUUUUUUGUCGAGCAGUAGAGGGGGUCUGGUUUUGUUGUUUCUUCGAGACCUCUACAAAAGCCAAUGUUUAAACCAUAUCAUGCCAUAUUUUAUUUUGUAUACUCUGUGGGGGUUUUGUGUUGAAGCUUUAUUUGAGUUGACCUUUAUUAAUUAUUUUUUUUCAACCGACCAGUGUCCUUUAAUAAAGACUGUUUAAAAUAAACAGUUUGGUAAGUAGGUGUUCUAGCAUGUGCCGAUAUACCUCUGUUUAGUGAUUAUUAGCUGGAUAGCUUGUUAAGGCACUAUUGACUGUCCCAUUGUCAAAAUCAUUACAGUGCUAUGAAACGUUCACUUCCGAAAAAAAAACUCGCACAAUGCACAGUAAAAAUACUAUCUUUGUACUCUUUUCUAUUUCAAGCCAAAAAAUGGAGGUUGACUGCAUAUAGCACUACACUUUUUGACAGUAAAUGAAACAUCAGAAGGAUUUUAGUUUGGAUAUGUUACAGUUGUUGAAAUACCAAUGACGUUUUGACGUCAAUGAACCCAG